CAGCUGGGGGAGGUUACAGGAACGCGACCUCUUCCAGAACCGGGCCCGGCCCGCAGUACGGGGGGCUGCACCCCUACAGCACACGCCCCCGCCCUGUCCCCGCCGGAAGUUGUCACCCGCACGGCCGGAGCGAGCGGCAUGUCCUCUGUGUGGAGACGUUUGGCUGCCCUCCCCUCCCGGGCAGCCGUGCACAGUGGGUGCCGCUCAGCUGGCAUUCAUAGGGUAUCGGAAAGAAAUGCCGAGGUCAGCGUUCCCUCUGGAGCAAGAAGAAAUUGCGGUGUAUGGUGGCAGUACAGUACCUCACAUACUGUGGAUCCCAUGGAGAUGAAGAAAUUCCAAGCAUGGUCAGCGAAAUGGUGGGAUGAAGAAGGAGUUUAUUGUGCACUCCAUGCCAUGAACGAUAUACGUGUGCCAUUUAUAAGAGACAUUCUAAUGAUCAAGAACCAUAAUCAUGAUGUUGGGAGCCCUCUGUCAGGCAUCAAACUUCUCGAUGUUGGUUGUGGUGGAGGACUGUUGUCUGAGCCUCUGGGCAGACUUGGUGCCGCUGUCACAGGUAUAGAUCCUUUAGAAGAUAACAUUAGGACUGCAGAACUGCAUAAGUCAUUCGAUCCUGUUCUAGACAAGUGUGUCCAGUACAGAAAUUGUUCCCUAGAAGACAUUGUGGAGCACAGCAUGGACAGCUUUGAUGCAGUUGUGGCCUCAGAAGUUGUAGAACAUGUGAACGACGUAGAGGCUUUUAUCCAAAGCUGCUUUCAAGUACUAAAGCCAGGUGGUUCACUUUUUAUCACUACGAUCAACAAAACAAAGCUUUCCUACAUUCUUGGAAUAUUGCUUGCUGAGAAGGUGAUGUCUCUUGUACCAGAAGGCACUCAUGACUGGGACAAGUUCAUCUCGCCCGUAGAGUUGGAGAGACUACUUGAAUCCAAUGGAUUUGUGGUGGAUAUGCUGAGAGGCAUGCUGUACAACCCACUAAUGGGUUCUUGGCGGUGGUUUGAUGACACAAGCAUUAACUAUGCUAUUCACGCAGUGAAGAUGGUCGCACAAGAGCAGUCCGCAGACAUGGAGUUUGAGAAGGAACAAGACCACCCCAAGGCAGCAGGAGCCUCCGUGUAACUAGGGCGUAGUCAGUGACUUCUGUCACAAAAGCAAAUGGACAGUAUAUUCGUGUUUCCCUAUAAGGCUUGUGAUGUUACUAUCCUGAUCAUGAAGAGGAUACAAUACCGAAUACCUUGGCUUUUGUUAAUAAUAAGAAGCUAAUGUAUAAGUGUCAUUUUGCUACCUGAUUGUUGUAGUAAGGAUGUUUGUGGAUGUCCAAUAACAGGAAAACCCAGUGUAAUUAUACAUUACACAUCAUUCAUCAUGUGCAUUAUUUGUGUGGUCUUUAGCUAAGGCUACUUUCACACUUGCGUUCGGUGCGGAUCCGUCUGGUAUCUGCACAGACGGAUCCGCAUCUAUAAUGCAGGACUGGAUCCUGUUCGGGUAAAACAGGGAAACCUUUCCCAUUCAAACCAUUGGGAAAGGUCGUCUUGUUUCAAACAGCAUACGAUCCUACAGUUCCUGGGCACACCAUCUUAAGACCUUCUGAAGCAUCCUUAGUGUUCAUUCACACAUUGUGAGGAUUUCCUGUUGCGUAUCUCUUACGGAUGCCUCUGACAUGUGCCACUGUAUAGGAAUACACUGAUGUGUCACCCGAAAGCUCCCGUUGAAAGUUAGGCUACUAUCACACUCGCAUUUUGUGUGGAUACGUCUUGUAUCUGCACAGACGGAUCUGCACCAAUAAUGCAAACUCUUGUAUCUGUUCAGAACGGAUCCGUUGGCAUUAUUCAUAAAAAAAA